CACCAAAGAAAUUUCAUGUGGGUUUUGGCUUGGAUAAACCCUAAUUCCAAAUUCCAAAUUCCGAAUUCGACGCCCCAUUGAUACAAAGGUAAGCCAUUUUAUCUUCUUCAUUCACAUGUUCUAUAUUUCCAAUCCAAGUUCUUAAUUAACUAGUUCAAUCCUUCAAUCAUGGAACCAAGAUUGUUGUUUUCAUCACCUUCCGCUACUUCUUUUCCCAUCUCCCUCUCUUCCAAAUCGUUUACCCUCCAAAAAGUUCAAGUUCUUUCUUCACUAAAACAAUCAUUUUGGGGUAAUCGUUUGAUAUUACGUGAACCCUUUACUCAUUUCACCAAUCAAACCAGAAGAACUGUUCCAAUUUCACCCAUUAGAGCUGUUGUGAAGAGAAGGAAGGAAGUUCGUUUAGAUAAUAUUAUCCAGAGAGAAAAGAAACUUAAAUUGGUUAUGAAGAUCAGAAAGAUUCUUGUUUCUCAACCUGAUCGAUCCAUGGCGAUUCGUGAAUUGGGUCGGUAUAGAAAAAUCCUAGGUUUACAGAGAAACAGGAGAAUUAUCUCAUUGUUGAGAAAAUUUCCAGCUGUUUUUGAGAUUGAAGAAGAGGGUGCUUACUCGCUUAGGUUUAAGUUGACACCUGAGGCUGAAGAACUUUACUUGGAGGAGAUGAAGAUUCGAAAUGAAAUGGAGGAUGUUUUAGUUAUUAAGUUGAGGAAAUUGUUGAUGAUGUCUGCUGAUAAACGUAUUUUAAUCGAGAAGAUUGCUCAUUUGAAAGCCGAUUUUGGUCUUCCUCUAGAAUUUCAGGAUACAAUCUGUAAUCGUUAUCCAGAGUAUUUCAAGAUUGUCGAAACAGGUCGAGGCCCUGCUCUAGAGUUAACCGAUUGGGAUCCUCAACUAGCAGUUUCAAUGUUCGAGCUCGAGGAAGAAGAGAAUCGUAUUAAGGAGAUUGAAUCGAACAAUCUGAUUAUCGACAGACAACCUAAAUUCAACAGAGUUAAAUUACCAAAAGGUCUACUCUUAUCGAAAAGUGAAAUGAGGAGACUGGGAGUGUUUCGUGACAUUCCAUUCAUAUCGCCUUAUUCGGAUUUCUCGUCGAUAAAAUCUGGCACGAAUGAGAAGGAGAAACACGCCUGUGCGGUUGUGCACGAGAUCUUGAGCCUGACUGUGGAGAAGAGGACGUUGGUUGAUCAUUUGACGCAUUUUCGAGACGAGUUUCGAUUCUCGCAGCAGUUGAGAGGGAUGUUGAUUAGACAUCCUGAUAUGUUUUAUGUUUCGUUGAAAGGGGAAAGGGAUUCUGUUUUUCUUAGAGAGGCUUAUAGGGAUUCUCAGUUGAUUGAUAAGGAUAGGUUGUUGCUUAUUAAGGAGAAACUUCGAUCUAUUGUUAAUGUUCCUAGGUUUCCGAGGAGGGGUGUUCGUGGAAAUGAGGAUGGCAAUGAUGAUGAAGGGGAGAGUGAUGAGUUGUCGGAUAUUGAUAGUGCUGGGGGAGAUGAGUUUGAUGACUUGGAUGAUGAUGUGGAUGGUGACUUCGACGGUGAUGUGGACGAGGAUUUUGAAGAUGGGUGGAGCGAUGAUGAGGAAGAGGAAAAUGUGAAAAAGCGAACGAGUAAAGAUGUUGUUAAGGAGUCGCGCAAUGAGAAACUGAGUGAGCCAGUAUUUCCGGAUGGUCGAUUAAGAGAGCGAUGGUGAAAGAUGGUAUAAGAUUUGUGUUUUUAUUGUAAUAUUAUGUUACAAUUGAGCUUGAUGUUUUGAAUUUUGAUGUAAUGAAUUCAUUUGUGUUUUUAGCAAAAGGUUUU